UAUGUUUUAGAAACAACAAGAAAACAGACUUAACCGAAAAAACCUCUGUUCAACUUCAAACAUCAACCAAAACAUUCACCAAAAAUCUCUCUUAUCACACACUCAUUACCUUUUCAAAUUCAACACAUAAUUCGCAUCAUUGUUUCCCCAAUUUUCUCCACACUUGCAGAUGAUUUGAUCAACAAUGGGAAAGAAAGGUGGUUGGUUAUCUGCUGUAAAGAAAGCUAUAACCCAUUCUUCUGAUUCCAGCGAGAAGAAAGACAAGAAAUCUGGUAAAAAGAGUUCAAAGAAAUAUUGGUUUGGAAACAGAAAGAGGAGUAGGAGUGUAGAUAAAGAUUUGUCACAAACCGAAACAGCAGUAGGUGAUUUUGUUAAUCUCAAUGAAGCCGAGAACGAACAGAGUAAACACGCAUAUUCGGUUGCGUAUGCGACCGCUGUGGCGGCAGAAGCAGCGGUGGCAGCCGCCCAUGCUGCCGCUGAAGUCGUUCGCUUGACGUCCACUGCGCAUUCGUCGAGUAAAUCCGCAGAAGAAACAGCUGCUAUCAAGAUUCAAGCAGCUUAUCGCGGGCACUUGGCGAGGAGGGCGUUGCGUGCUCUUAGAGGGCUCGGGCGGUUGAGAUCGGUGGUUCAAGGUCAAUCGGUCAAACGUCAAGCAACGUCGACGUUGAAAUGUAUGCAAACGUUGGCUCGUGUACAGUCUCAGAUUCGGUCAAGGCGUGUGCGUAUGUCUGAGGAGAACAAAGUUGUCCAACAACUUCUUUUGAAGCAUGAGAAAGAACUCGACAACAUUAGAUCUUCCUUGGGAGAUACAUGGGAUGACAGUAGAAAAUCUAAAGAAGAAACCGAAGCCAGUUUACGAAGGAAACACGAGGCUGCUGUACGUAGAGAACGCGCGUUGGCGUAUGCACAUACUCAUCAGCAAAUGUGGAAGAGCAAUACAAAGUCUCCGAAUCCAACUUUUCUGGACUCGAACAAUCCGCACUGGGGAUGGAGUUGGUUAGAACGGUGGAUGGCAGCCCGUCCUUGGGAAACACAAAGCAUACCCGACAAAGAACCAUCGGUUGGAGAACCGAAUAAACCAGUUACCUGCCAAUCACCCUCUACACCACCCACGAGGGCUCGAUCAUCUAGUUCUCGGUCUCGGGUCAUGCCCGAAAGCCAAAAGGGAAGCGUGGACGGAGACGCAAGAAGCUUCUACAGCGUGCAGUCCGACCGCAACAGGCGGCACAGCGUAGCUAGUUCAGCGUGUGACGACAAGAGCGUUGAAUCAUCUCCGGUACUUCCGAACUACAUGGCUUCAACGGAGUCCGCUAAGGCUCGGUCUCGAAUGGCUAGUCCGAUCCAUAGUCCGAGCCCACUAGGGUCGGGAAGGAAAGGCGGUUCGGAAAAGGGGUCCGUGACCGGGUCCGCCAAGAAGCAGCUUUCGUUUACGGGUUCACCGGCUCGUGUCUCUACUAGGUUCACAAGUCAUUGAUGAUGAGUACAAAUUUCACAAGUUGUUUUGUGUUUUCUAGUGUUUUGAGUGAUUGUUUACUUUGUUUUGGGUCGUUUUGUUGUUUGUUUUUGACAUUUUGUUAGUUAUGUUUUGUAUGUAUUUACUUGGUUUUGGUAUUAUUUUGUUAUUUAUUAUGUACAAGUGUUUAAAACAUGAGUUUGGAACACAUCAACACAUGUAUUGUUUGAUUCUUUUUGGAA